AUUCUUAACACAACCUAAAGCUGCUGUGCCAUUGUCUGCUGACCCCUCAAAAAUCCAAAAGACAUCAUCUGCGUUGAACGCUGAGAUCCAUUUGAAGACCCCAAGAUGUCCGUUAACCCGGCUCACUACUGCCCCCGUAUCCAAGGCAUGGUUAACAACACAAUCAAGCCCAACUCAACCGCUGCAGGGAUAACACCUCUGGGAGUCUUCACCAUCUUUCUCCAUGGCUUGUUCUCCACCACCGGUAUCGUGGAAAACCUUCUGAUUCUCAUUGUGGUGGGCUUCCGUGUACGCCGUUCUGUGCUUAGCAUCUGGAUACUCAACCUAGCAGCAUCGGAUCUGUUAGCCACCUCCUCCCUGCCUGUUUUUACCCUCUUUCUCGCCAAUGGUAAAACUUGGGAACUCGGUCACUCCUUUUGUCGCAUUCACUCCUCUGUCUUCUUUCUCAACAUGUUUGUUAGCGGCUUCCUGCUAGCUGCUAUCUCCUUGGAUCGCUGCCUUGUUGUGCUAAAACCGGUUUGGGCUCAAAACUACCGCACCAAACAACUAGUUGUCAAAAUUUGCGGAAUAAUAUGGUUCAUGGCUUUUCUGUGUACUAUUCCUUUUUACAUUUUCCGUGAUGCCAUACCACAACGCAAUGGGAAUACGCAAUGUUACUACCACUAUGCUCGCUGGCUUCCAAGUGGACCUUUUAACAUGGUAGAGUUGUGUGAAUAUCGUGAAAAGACCUUUGCGAUUUUUAAGCUAAUGUUUGCAUUCGUGAUUCCAUUGGUUGUCAUCGUUUUGAGCUACAUUGUCGUGAAUACUCUCUUAGCGCGUAGAGGUUGUCGCCGCUCUUACCGUUUUGUCCGGCUAGUCAUUGCGGUUGUGGUUAGCUUUAUCAUCUGCUGGGCUCCUUACCACUGGCUGAGCGUCAUGGAGGUUUCUUUGCCACUACGGCAUCCAUCGCAAAUAUUCAUAGCUAAAGCGUUACCGUCUGCGGCUACGAUUGGAUUUCUCAACAGCGUCCUCAACCCUAUUUUGUACGUGUUCAGCUGCCCCGAUUUAUGCACAAAGAUAAGGCAUUCUCUGAGUGCUGUCAUGGAAACCGUUUUGGUAGAAGAUUUGGCUGAGUUUGCAAGGCGUAGGAGCACCAUGAGGAGUUCCAUCAGCAGCCAUGAAGUCCCGCUCAGAAAGAAGAAUUCGGUUUCGGCGAUAUGCACCAAAUCAGAGACAGAGAUGAGUGAGGCAAUUUCUUCUGACAAGGGUGAAGUGAACAGUAGUGAGGACAGGGAGAAUAAGCUCUAA